GCCUUCUAUUUAUGGCUCCCCUCCGCCACCAUUUCUCCCCUCCAAACUCCAGGGUUCAAACACUAUUCCGCCUUCUAGAACGUAGAGCAACUGAGAAGCAGCAAUGGGUGAGAAGGAGAACAAGAAUGAAGGCGAGAAGAAGGCCGACGGAGGGAAAAAGGAUGAUGGUUCGAUUACCGUGGUCUUGAAGGUUGAUAUGCACUGUGAAGGUUGCGCCAAGAAGGUCAAACGAUCUGUUAAGGGUUUCGAAGGUGUCGAAGACGUCAAGGGAGACAGUAGCAAUAACAAGCUAACCGUGGUAGGGAAAGUAGACCCACUGAAACUUCGAGAGCGAGUGGAGCAGAAGACGAAGAAGAAGGUGGAGCUCAUCUCUCCUAUACCAAAGAAGGAAGACAAGAAGCCAGCAGAAGGCAAGAAAGAAGAGAAGAAGGAAGAGAAGAAAGAAGACGGCAAGAAGAAAGAGCCAUCGGAGACGACGGUCGUUCUGAAGAUCAGACUGCAUUGUGAAGGAUGCAUCCAGAAAAUACGACGAAUCAUCUCCAAGUACAAAGGAGUUCAGAACGUGGCAGUAGACCCAGCGAAGGACCUGGUAACGGUGAAGGGUACAAUGGACGUCAAAGCAAUGACGCCCUACCUGAAAGAGAAACUGAAAAGAAGCGUAGAGGUUGUUCCGGCGAAGAAAGAAGACGGUGGCGGCAAAGAGAAGGAGGGCGGCGAGAAGAAGAAAGAAGGCGGCGGCGAAGGGGAGAAGAAGGGUGGUGAGGGAGGAGAGAAGAAAGAAGGAGGGAAGAAAGAGGGAGAAAAGAAAGAAGGAGAAAAGAAAGGAGGCGGUGGUGGGGGGGGAGAUGCGGGGAAGAAGGAAGAGGCGGUGAAGCCGGCGGAAAAUAAGAUGGAAUAUUACCCUCAAAAUUAUGUGGUGGAAUACGUGUACGCGCCGCAGCUGUUCAGCGACGAGAACCCCAACGCUUGCUCCAUAAUGUAACUACGAUGAAGAGUGGGGAGACGUGAGAGUGAGAGUAAAAAACCAAUCUUUUAUAUGUAAAUAAAAAAAAAAGAAAAAAAAUGUAUACCGGAGGAAAAGUACAUAUAGUAGAGAUGGGGGCGGGGGAAAAUGCCUUUUGGUAGAUUGUGAUUGCUGAUAGAUGUAGCCCAGCAAACCGGGCCAGCCUCGUUCCGGUACUGCAAGUUGGUUAAGGUUUUUUUUUUUUUUUCUUGUCUUCUUAUUUUCUUUUAGGUCCUUGUAUUGUCCAAUUCCUGGGUUGGUUAAUUCAAUUUUGUCUACUAUAAAUCUUAUUGCCACGUGGAUAAAGAUAUUUAAAGUGUCUUGUCCAAUUUGGUUA